UUAGCUUUUUGAAAGCUGAAAUGUAGAAUUUUGCAUUCCAUACCACACGACGGGUUCUUCUUCCCUACGUAGUUUUCGGACUUUGAGAGAAUCGAGUUUGCAAAAUUUGUGAGGUUGGACCAAGACGGUGGCUCAACAACGAACACUUUCAUAAUAUUUAGAAACAUCCCACAGUAAUUAAUUUUAAUUGGCUGAUAAACAAAGGAACGGGUUAAAAGUCUGGACUAUAAUAAACAUCUUGCGUAGAAAAUGGAAUUAAGUGCUCAGGACAUUGAUAAGGCAAAAUUCGCCUUCUCAAUUUACGACUUUGAUGGCGUUGAGAAGAUUGACGGAAUUAAUCUUGCUGAUUGUUUACGAGCAUUGGAUUUAACACCAUCUCUCAAAACUAUCAAGAAACUCGGAGGGACUCAAAAGAAAGGAGAAAAAUUUCUCACAAUUGAGGAAUUCUUAUCCGUUUUUUCGGAAGCCAAAAAGGACAAAGAUUGUGGAUGCCUUGCAGACUACGUUGAAGUUCUCAAAUGCUAUGAUAAACAUAACGAUGGAUUCAUGCCAGCAAACCAACUUCACCACAUGUUGCUUGCAAGUGGUGAACGAAUGGACAAUGAGAUGGUGCAAUUAAUUAUGAACGAAUGUUGUGACCCACCAGAUGAAGAUGGGCUAAUCAAAUACAUCCCAUUCAUCACAAAAGUCUGCAAUGGUCCGGUCUCUGCAUUCGAUUCUGUCGAUUUUAACUCGUCCGCAUCUGCACCCUCAGCUGCACCUGCCGCCAGGAAAGUUCGUCCCAGCAUCACCGUCGACGAUGCUGAUGCUCCGAGCGUGAGUUUCGCCGCUGCCAAACCCAUGACCAUGGGUGGCAGGAAGGGGAGCGAAGCUCUGGCGGAGGAGGCACCCGAAGCGACCUUCACGCUGAAAGCCCCACGUCGCAGCUCCAGCAUCGUACCUCCUGACGCUUAAAAAACAAGCUUACUUACAUCACCACUAACACAGUUUCAUAAAAAUUACUGGAUUAAUAUUUAUUGUAAUCACAUUGUAUGGCAAGAUUAAUCACAAUUUUAAGAAUAAAUUUUCUUGUGCUAUUAA